GACAUAUGACGUCACAUAACCUAGAAAAAAUCGUGUCGUGAACGUUUAUAAACAUUACAUUCUAAAUAAUUUAUUUAUAUUAUUUCUUGUAAACAAAAUGGGUUCCAAUACGAAAAAGGCGAAGGAGAGUCGAAAGAGACGCCACCGUAGCAGAAGUCAGUCAUAUGAAGAAAAAGAGGCUCCUCGUGAGAAGAAACACAGACAUCAUCGCAGACACAAGGAAAGAAAACGAGAAAAGCUCCAAAGGCACGAACGCGAUAGUGAUGAUUCCGACGUGGUGGAAGUUGUUCCUGUUGACGUUCCUCCAUCAUCACCUCCUCCUCCACCGGAAAUAUCAGGCGGAGGAUCCGUAGAGAGCCUCUCGAUCAAAGAGACGAACAAAUUGCGCGCAAAGCUCGGUCUCAAACCGUUGCAAACCGAAAGCGGCGCCAAACUGGACAAGCAAAAACCGGACAAUGAUGGAAAGAAGAAAGACGACUUGGGGGAAUUCUACCACAAGCCCGCUCACAGCCUGACUGCUAAGAAUCAGCAAGAAAAACUACGGUCAAGGCUGUCUGAUCAUCGUGAGAAACGCAGUUACGAUGUAAAAUUGUCGAAAGUUAAAUUGUUGGGUCAGGAUGAAAGCGAUGACGAUGCGGCCGCUUGGGUUGAGAAGAAUCGGCAAAUUCAAGAUUCGAAAAAGGAAGCUGAGCGUAGGGCCAUGAUGUUGGAGGAGCUCGACGCACAGUUUGGGAUUGGAGAGAUUGUCGAGUCGGAACACAAAACGAAGCGUAACAAGCAGUAUGGAGAAAAGCAUCUGAAAGGGCUACGUGUCCAUCAUGAUGUCGACACUUUUGGCGAAUCUGCCGUCAUUCUCACUCUGGAAGAUAAAGAGGUUUUAGAUGGGGGCGACGACGUUCUUAUCAAUAUCAAUUUACGCGAAAACGAAAAAUAUAGAAAGAUUAACGAGAGUAAAAUUAAGAAAGGCUUGGGUGACGAGGAGCUGGACGAAUUUGGUAAUCUAAAACCGAAAGUGCUACUAGACAAGUACGAUGAGGAACUUGAAGGGGAGAAGCGAGAGAGUUUCCAAAUUGGGUACGAUAACGCGGCCGAACGUAAACAAAUGAUCUUGCAAAGCAUAAAACAGAAGUUGGCAAAUAAAAUCGUGGAUAAUGCAAGUACUGCGCCACUAACUCUCGCCUCUGACUACUACAAUGAGGAGGAGAUGUCGAAAUUUAAGAAGCCCAAGAAGAAAGUGCGAAAGAUACGGGCUAAAGGGAAGUUGUCUGCAGCUGAUUUGGAAAACUUAGAUACCAAGAGACAUUUGAAGCAGGAGCAUUAUGAUAUCGAUGAUAUUCCCGCAAUUAAUCCAAAAAUGGAGGUGAAAAUGGAAGACGAGGUCGACGAUGCGUUAGAGAGAGCAUUGCAAAAAUCGCGGCGUCUGAAACAGAAGCAGAUCAUUAACAACGCGUUAUCCGUCGACGACCUUGUGAAGACGGAACCCAAAGAGGAAUCCAUGGAAUUGGGUAAUAUCGUAUUGAACGCGACAGCCGAAUUCUGUCGAACUCUGGGCGACAUUCCGACCUACGGUAAAUCGGGUAAUCGGGAGGACAGCGAGAAUUUAUUGGAUAUUGAAAAGGAAGAGGAGGAGGAGGACGACGACGAUGUCGAGAUAAUCGAGGACGAAAUCGACGAGGGCGGCAAGUGGAACGCGGUCGACCCGAACCGGAUCGUGCGGGAGGCUGUGCGCGUUACCGUCGUCGAAACGCCGAUCUUGGACGAGGAACCGGACGUUGGCUCCGGCGUAGGCGCCGCACUGAAGCUCGCGAUGAGCAAGGGAUACCUCGAUAAGGAAGAGAAUAAUCGACCGUCGAAUUCUAGGUUCGCGCAUCUGCAGGCGCAGCAUUACUCCAUCGAAGAUAAAACGUACGGCGAUGAAACGGAACGCGGCGGGGGUGGAGGAGGCGGCGCGAAUCGUCGAGAACGGUACGCAGGACCAAUAACUGACUUUAAGGAGAAAGAUGCGUUCAAACCCAACGUCAAACUGGAAUACAUAGACGAUGAAGGUCACGUGCUAUGCGCCAAGGAGGCAUUUAGGUAUUUGUCUCACAAAUUUCACGGCAAAGGUCCCGGAAAGAAUAAGGUUGAAAAACGGCUGAAGAAAUCCCAACAGGAAGGGUUGAUGAAGAAGAUGAGCUCGACUGAUACACCGCUAGGUACAUUGAAUAUGCUCCAAUCAAAACAAAAGGAGAUGCAGUCGCCUUAUAUAGUUUUGUCAGGAGGCAAACACACCCACUCAACGACAAUUGCUAAAGUGAGACGUUAGAUUUUAAACAAUAUUAGUCAAAUGGAAUGUUUCGGAGUUGAUGGGUGUGGAAUUUUUGCAAGAAUUUCAAGAGCAACACAGUCAAUGGGUUAAUUAGCAGUUAGAUCUAAAUGUAUGCUUUUAAUGUAAAUAUUCAACGUUUAUAAAAAUAAAAUUUUCCCAUGUGUA